AUGAGUGAUUUAGGUUUUGAUCCUAGUUUGAAGAAAAAGAAGAAGUCCAAGAAGACCGAAGAAGGCUCUGCUUCUGCCACUGCAUCUCCAGGUGCUGAUGAUCUUGGAGAUAUGUUUGCUGGUUUAAAGAAGAAGAAGAAGUCAAGCAAGAAGCCAGAAGAAAGUGCCGACGCAUCAGCUUCCCCAUCCGUUGACGAUGUCGCUGCAUCGUUUGAUGAUUUGGGAUUGAAGAAAAAGAAGAAGAAGUCCACCAAAUCUGUUGCCACUGAUUUCGAACAACAAUUAGAGAAAGCCGGUGUUGAAGAGGCUGCUCCAGAAACUGAAGAAGCAAACACUGCCGUUACUGGUGGAUUACCAUAUAAUGAAUUAUUAUCUCGUUUCUUUUCUAUCUUAAAACAAAAUAACCCAGAAUUAGCUGGUGACAGAUCCGGACCAAAAUUCCGUAUUCCACCACCAGUUUGUCAAAGAGAAGGUUCUAAAAAGACUUUAUUUGCCAAUGUUCAAGAAAUUGCCACUGUUUUACAAAGAAACCCAGAACAUUUGAUCCAAUUCUUGUUUGCUGAAUUGGGUACUUCCGGUUCUAUUGAUGGUGAAAAAAGAUUAGUUUUGAAAGGUAAGUUUCAACCAAAACAAAUGGAAUCAGUUUUAAGAAGAUACAUUAUUGAAUAUGUUACUUGUAAAACUUGUAAAUCCAUGAAUACUGAAUUAAAGAGAGAAUCAGCCAAUAGAUUACAUUUCUUAAGUUGUAAAGCAUGUGGUUCCACAAGAUCUGUUUCCUCCAUUAAAACCGGUUUCCAAGCCCAAGUUGGUAGAAGAAAGAAGGUAUAAUUAUAGUCUUUAUGUUUUAACUCUUUUUUUUAUUCCAAUCAUUACCCUUAAGUCUCAAGGAAGAGUCCUUUUCCCAUAGAACAAAAUUGUCAACUUUAAGGAUUCAACCUUAAUCACGAGUUGGAUUAUUUCCUUUCUCU